AUGUCAUCUACACCGACACUCCCCGUUUCCACUUCCCAAUCAAACAUAAACACCAGCAAUGCUUCCUCCCAAUCUCAGCCUCCCAUCGCAACACCCGCCUUCCGCGCCUUCAUCUCCCGCAUCUCCUCCUCCCUCCGUCAAGCCUUCUCACAGCGCCGUCCCUGGUACGAACUCGUCGACCGUUCCUCAAUUUCACGGCCUGAAACACUAGCCGAAGCGUAUUCACGGAUCCGCAAGAAUUUCACAUACUUCCGUGUUAAUUACCUAACCCUAAUCAUCUUCGCGCUCGCGAUUUCUCUGAUCACACAUCCGUUUUCGUUGCUGGUUCUUCUCGGACUUCUCGCGUCGUGGUCGUUUCUCUAUCUAUUCCGUCCUUCAGAUCAACCGCUUGUUAUCUUCGGCCGUACAUUCGCCGAUCGUGAAACCCUAGGGAUUCUUGUUGUGCUCACUAUUUUUGUUGUGUUUCUCACAAGCGUUGGAUCUUUGUUGAUCUCUGCGCUUAUGGUUGGAUUGUCGAUCGUGUGUGCACACGGUGCGUUUCGUGUUCCUGAAGAUUUGUUUCUGGAUGAUCAAGAGGUGAAUAGUUCGGGAUUCUUAUCGUUCCUUGGUGGCGCUGCCUCUGCCGCUGCUCCGGUUGUUGGACGCGUGUAA